AUAAAUAAUUUUAGAGGAAAAGUGUUUACAUGUUUUUCUCAUGAAUUUUCUUUAGUAAUAUAAAUAAUUCAGUAUUAAAAAAAAAAUCCAUGUCGAGACAUAAAUCUUUAUUAAGAUUUCAAACUAAAAACCUAAUACCCUCUUCCAAAAGUUUCCUUGAACUUCCUCUUCUAUAUAUAUGCCUUCUCAUUUCUAGUCUCCCUCGAACCAACUCUUUUUACUAACGCCCUUUCUCUUAUUUCAUUUUCUCUCCAUCCAAAAGUGAAAAUGCAACCGUCGACAGGCGAUCCAGCAAUAGUGGACAUGGCAGUGGCGGAGAAGGAGAAGAAGCGGCCAAGUGUAUCAUUUCUUAAGCUCUUCUCCUUUGCUGAUUUUUACGAUUGCGUUCUGAUGGCUCUUGGAUCCAUUGGUGCUUGCAUUCACGGAGCCUCCGUUCCAGUUUUCUUCAUCUUCUUUGGCAAACUUAUCAACAUCAUCGGUCUUGCUUACCUCUUCCCACAAGAAGCUUCUCACAAAGUCGCCAAGUACUCGUUGGAUUUUGUAUAUUUGAGUGUGGUGAUACUCUUCUCAUCAUGGUUAGAGGUUGCAUGUUGGAUGCAUACGGGAGAGAGACAAGCAGCGAAGAUGAGAAAAGCUUAUUUGCGGUCAAUGUUAAGUCAAGACAUAAGCUUAUUCGACACCGAAACUUCGACCGGAGAAGUCAUCUCCGCCAUCACCUCCGACAUCCUUGUCGUCCAAGACGCUAUCUCCGAGAAGGUAGGGAAUUUCUUGCACUUCAUAAGCCGGUUCAUAGCCGGUUUUGCGAUUGGAUUCGCAAGCGUAUGGCAAAUAAGUCUCGUCACUCUCUCCAUAGUCCCACUCAUUGCUCUCGCCGGCGGCAUCUAUGCUUUCGUCGGCACCGGACUUAUCGUCCGUGUCCGGAAAUCAUACGUCAAGGCCAACGAGAUCGCAGAAGAGGUGAUCGGGAAUGUGAGGACCGUACAAGCGUUUACGGGAGAAGAAAAAGCGGUGAGUUCGUACCAAGGAGCUUUGAAGAACACUUACAAUUAUGGGAGAAAAGCCGGUUUAGCUAAAGGACUAGGACUCGGUUCGUUGCAUUUUGUUCUGUUUUUGUCUUGGGCUUUGCUCAUUUGGUUCACAAGCAUCGUUGUUCACAAGGGAAUCGCUAGUGGUGGCGAAUCUUUCACAACCAUGCUCAAUGUUGUCAUCGCUGGCUUGUCUCUUGGUCAAGCGGCUCCGGACAUUUCCACAUUCAUGCGAGCGAGUGCUGCUGCGUAUCCGAUUUUUCAGAUGAUUGAACGGAACACGGAGGAGAAAACAGGUCGUAAACUCGGGAAAGUAAACGGAGACAUUCUAUUCAAAGAAGUGACUUUCAACUACCCGUCUCGCCCUGACGUGGUGAUCUUUGACAAGCUAAACUUCGUGAUCCCUGCGGGGAAAGUCGUGGCUCUUGUUGGAGGAAGCGGGUCUGGGAAAAGCACCAUGAUAUCUUUAAUUGAACGAUUCUACGAGCCUACCGAUGGGGCGGUGAUGCUAGACGGGAACGAUAUCAGAUACUUGGAUCUUAAGUGGCUAAGAGGACAUAUUGGUUUGGUUAAUCAAGAGCCUGUUCUGUUUGCAACCACCAUUCGCGAGAACAUUAUGUAUGGUAAAGACGAUGCCACCUCUGAGGAAAUUACCAAUGCUGCAAAGCUCUCGGAAGCCAUCUCAUUCAUCAACAGCCUACCGGAAGGAUUCGAAACCCAGGUAGGUGAGAGAGGGAUUCAGCUAUCCGGCGGGCAGAAGCAGAGGAUCAGUAUUUCUAGGGCGAUAGUGAAGAACCCUUCGAUUCUCUUACUCGACGAGGCAACAAGCGCACUAGAUGCAGAGUCAGAGAAAAGCGUGCAGGAAGCUUUGGACAGAGUGAUGGUUGGGAGGACAACGGUCGUGGUGGCUCAUAGACUCUCCACCGUAAGAAACGCUGACAUCAUAGCCGUUGUUGGAGGAGGGAAGAUCAUCGAGUCUGGAAGCCACGACGAACUCAUCUCCAACCUUGAUGGAGCUUACUCUUCCCUCCUUCGUAUCCAGGAAGCUGCCAGCCCUAACUUGAACCACACUCCAAGCUUACCAGUCAGUACAAAAUUCUUGCCAGAACUACCAAUCGCAGAGACGACCUUAUGCCCCAUCAAUCAAUCUAUAAACCAACCAGAUACGACCAAACAGGCCAAAGUAACGUUGGGACGUCUUUACUCUAUGAUCCGUCCGGACUGGAAAUACGGAUUAUGUGGGACGUUAGGUUCCUUUAUUGCAGGAUCUCAAAUGCCGCUUUUCGCGCUUGGGAUCGCACAGGCUUUAGUAUCUUAUUACAUGGACUGGGAAACAACUCAAAACGAGGUCAAAAGAAUCUCUAUCCUCUUCUGUUGUGGUUCCGUCAUCACUGUCAUCGUACAUACCAUUGAGCAUACCACCUUCGGUAUUAUGGGUGAGCGUCUCACUCUCCGAGUCCGACAAAAUAUGUUUUCAGCGAUCUUGAGGAAUGAAAUCGGGUGGUUUGAUAAGGUCGAUAACACUAGCUCGAUGUUGGCAUUGCGGCUUGAAAGUGAUGCAACUUUGCUUAGAACCAUCGUGGUUGAUAGAUCGACAAUUCUCUUGGAGAAUUUAGGUCUUGUUGUGACAUCUUUCAUCAUUUCUUUUAUACUAAACUGGCGUCUCACACUUGUUGUCUUGGCCACAUACCCCUUAAUUAUAAGCGGUCAUAUCAGUGAGAAAAUUUUCAUGCAAGGUUACGGAGGAAACCUGAGUAAAGCAUAUUUGAAGGCUAACAUGUUGGCUGGAGAGUCUAUAAGCAACAUCCGAACCGUGGCCGCCUUUUGUGCUGAGGAGAAGGUUCUAGACCUUUAUUCCAAAGAGCUUCUAGAACCUUCAGAACGUUCUUUCAGGCGUGGACAGAUGGCUGGGAUUUUGUACGGUGUUUCUCAAUUUUUCAUCUUCUCCUCCUACGGCCUUGCCCUCUGGUACGGAUCGAUUUUGAUGGAGAAAGGAUUAUCAAGUUUCGAAUCUGUGAUGAAAACAUUCAUGGUUUUGAUAGUAACGGCGUUAGUAAUGGGUGAAGUGUUGGCUCUAGCCCCAGAUCUGCUUAAAGGAAACCAGAUGGUUGCUUCGGUUUUCGAGCUAUUGGACCGAAGAACUAAGGUUGUUGGAGAUACUGGCGAUGAGCUGAGUAAUGUGGAAGGCACAAUUGAGCUCAAAGGUGUCCAUUUCAGCUACCCUUCACGGCCUGAUGUGACUAUUUUCAGUGAUUUCAACCUAAACGUUCCUUCUGGCAAGAGCAUGGCGCUUGUGGGACAAAGCGGAUCUGGAAAAAGUUCGGUCCUUUCACUCAUUCUCCGGUUCUAUGAUCCUACAGCCGGAAUAAUCAUGAUAGACGGACAAGACAUCAAGAAACUGAAGUUGAAAUCACUGCGAAAACACAUCGGUCUGGUUCAACAAGAACCGGCUCUUUUUGCAACGACUAUCUACGAGAACAUCUUGUACGGUAAAGAAGGAGCUUCUGAGUCUGAAGUCAUGGAAGCAGCUAAGCUUGCAAACGCUCACAGCUUCAUCAGCUCUCUUCCGGAAGGUUACUCAACCAAAGUCGGUGAACGUGGCAUUCAGAUGUCAGGCGGCCAGAGACAGAGGAUUGCUAUAGCUAGAGCCGUCCUUAAGAAUCCAGAGAUUCUGCUCCUUGAUGAAGCCACAAGCGCCUUGGAUGUUGAAUCAGAGCGUGUGGUACAACAAGCAUUGGAUCGGCUAAUGAGGAACCGGACUACGGUGGUGGUGGCUCACCGGCUAUCAACAAUCAAGAACUCAGAUAUGAUAAGUGUAAUACAAGACGGUAAGAUCAUAGAGCAAGGCAGUCACAAUAGCCUCGUUGAGAACAAGAAUGGUCCGUACUCUAAACUUAUCAAUCUUCAGCAGCAGCAGCCCCAUCAUCCUUAAUUAAGAAUUAUUAUUGAAUUUUCAAAACUAUUGUUUGUUUGUUUUUUCUCAAUAUCGAUCCUACUUUACCAGAUAGAUAUGAUUAUGUAACUCACAUUUGAUUAUGCUAUUC